AUGGCGGCUCCGGGCGCCGGGGAGCUCACGUGGGCGCAGCGGGCCGCGGCCGCGGUGACCUCGCUGGUGGCCGCGCCCGCGUGCCCGGGGGCGGGCGGCGGCGAGGUCUUGCCGCCUCGAGCGGGCGGCGGCCCAGGCGCCCAGGGCGAGGUCGUCCAGUACUUCCACGCGGCCGACGUGGCCGACGGUGCAGCGCGCUACGUCCAGCCCUGCGGCGCGGGCGCGGCGGACGCCCGCGGGCGUUGGCCUCUGCUGCUCAGGUCGCACGGGUGGCUGGACGCGUCGCUCCAGGGGGGCGGCACGCUGGAGGACGCCCUGGCGCGCUGCGACCCACGGAGGCAGGAGACCUGGCCCGUCGUCCUCCCGCACGGGCCCGUGGCCUUCGCGAACCGGCGCGGCCAGCCCAUCUCGGUCGCCGGGCCCGAGCUGCGCGUGCACCCGGACAGGCUCAGGCCCCGGUCGGAAUCCGACCGCCGCCCCGCGCUGUCGCUGGUGCUGGUGCGGUGGGGCGGCCGGUUUGAGGUGGACGACGGCAGGGACACCAACAGCGACGGGGACUGGGGCCACUUCGGCUCCCCGCCGUCGGACCGGUACAUGAGCGCGAUGGUGAGCGAGGGCCUCAUGCGCCACGCGCUGCUGGGCGAGCGCCGUGGCGUCGAGAGCCCAGCGCCAGAGGGUGGCCGGCGGCCGUUCGACUUCGAGCUCUUCUCGCUGUUCGUCAGGGACAGCCGCGACACCGCUGGGAUUGCCCAGUUCGCUCCCCAUCUGGCGCAGGCGAUGGUGGGCGACAAGAGGGCCGCGUUCUGGAUGCUGUGGCCUGCCGAGUGGGACGACUUCGGCGAGAAGGACUACGCUGGCUACGUGGGCGCCCCGCAGAUGCUGGACGCCAUGCGGCACUGCGAGGCCGCGGGCGUCCGCUCCGGCUUCCCCCAUCCUGCGGCGCAGUACGAGUUCAUCGUCUCGAAGGCUUGGAUGGCGUCGCUCGCGCCCCGGCCGGAGGCGAGGCUCCCGGCGGCGGUCCUGGUCCGCAAGGACGAUGUGGGGGCGAGCCCGAGAGACGCCGCGAGGAGCGCGCUGGCACGGCUCGAGGCCGUGCGCCAGGCGGCGCCCUUUCCCCCGGACGGGCGCCCCGCGCCGUCGGGGGCGAACCAGGGCGGGAUCAAGCGGGGCGUCGUGAAGCUCGGCUACUCCUGGGAGGGGCGCUUCGUGUCCUUCUUCGAGGGCGAAGCCCAGCUCGCCAAGAGGCUGCGCGAGUUGCUGUACGCCGACGGCUACCGGGGCGAGCAGUGCAUCGUGCAGGAGUGGGUCGACUUCGACUUCGAGAUGCGCCUCUACUUCCUGCCGCCGGCCGGCCGGUCCGUGGCGGGCGGUGACGUCGAGCCGUUGCCACCUUCCAAGGUCGAGUUCAACGCGUGGAGCAAGCAGAAAGACAACGACGGGCCUGGGGCGUUCGUCAAGCUGCCGCGGGAGCAGGCCCUGCGGCGCUGGGGCGGCGACUGUGCGGCGCUGGACUUGGCGGAGGAGCAGGCCGGGCGCACGUCGCAGUGGCUGCUGGCCCGCCUUGCGGAGCUGCACCCCGAGCCGGUGGCGAUGGUCCGGCUAGACUUUAUGCUGCUGAGGCUGGGCGACGGGCGCGCGCGGGUGGUCUUCGGCGAGUACUGUGAGAUGGGCGCUUGCUGCCUGGCCUGGCAGGAGGGCCCGCCCACGAUCUGGCGCGCGGCGGUGGACUGGACGCUCAGGCAGCUGCCCGCCACACGCGCGGUCCUGCACUCCCCUGUGCGGGUGCACGCGCCUGAGCUGGGCCACCCCAGAGCGCACCAGCGAUGCCCAGGAGAAGGCCCUGGCCACGGAGCGCCGCGCGCAGGCGGCGCGCGAGGCCGCCGCGGCGCGGAGGGCCGCCGCGCAGAGCCCGCGGGCGGUACCCGCGGCCUGCAGGGCCGAGGACGAGGCGCUCAGGCAGAGGCUGCAGGCGGACCCCCAGGCCCGGGCGCCGCCCGCUGGCCCGACCGGCCGAAGUCCAGGGGCGGCCGAGCAGCGGCGCGCGACGCCGGCCGAGCGGCGGCGGUCGGGAAGAUCGGCAAGCUGAAGCGGACCAUGGGCCAGGUGCACGUCCUCACCUGGGCAUUCGCCCCCGCCGUGAUCAUCCUGGUGUCCCUCGUACUGUGUUGGUAUGCGUUCUGACGCGGCACAUAUUUCGGAUUUAUACGGUUAGGUGAGCCUUGCCACCGAUUUCCGCGGCCCGCCCGGAUGCCCAGGCGCCCGUGUGGGUGCCCGGGUGCCCAGCCUGCGCUCGAUGUGGCUCUGGCUCUCGCGUCCGUCUCUAACGCGGAUGCGUGAUCU